CAGUAUUUUUAAAGAAAUUUAUUGUUUUAUUUCCAGACUGUAAGGGAAUGGUUGACGUAAACUUCGUGUUUGAUUCUUCUGUCAUGGGUUACGAAGAGACACACACUGUUACUACCUUCAUCAAGAGUUCAAUCACAGACGAGUAUCUUACUAAGAAAAAAUUUAUGUUUAGUAUGAUUACUGGAAAAUGCCACGCAUUAAAAAAUUUCCACUUCAACACCUAUCAAACCAGGACUAAAAUACUUGAUCACCUCGACAUCUUCUACAAAACGUCCAUCACAACUCUUUUACGAGAAACUGCAACGAUAUCUUUUAUGAGUAAACAUGGCGCCCGCAAAGGAGCACGUAAGGUGGCAGUUAUUUUCUUGAAAGGAAAACUGAGUGAUCCAGAAGGAGUGAAGACAAAUGCGAGGUUUCUCCGUCAAAGCGGCAUUGAAGUGUUUGUAAUUAAGAUGGAUAAAUUAAAUUCGGAUAAAACUUUGGCAAGCAUUACUGGAGAACGUAAUAUUUUGGACGCCACCAAGAUAAGCAGUAUGGUGCAACUGAGCCACGAAUUCUUAAACCGACUUUGCCACCGAUAAAACCCUGGCUCUUCCCCCCGACAAAGACUAUGGAAUAACGGAAUAAACGACUACCUUUUUUAAAUCUUCUUCAGAAUAACGAAUGAAUACACGUACCAUAUACGAAUACACGCAUAUAUAUAAAUACAUACACAAACCUUCAAACAUGUAAUUCUAUACACAACGCGAGUGUGUGUGUGUGUGUGUGUGUGUUAAUUUUAUGUUCUAAAAAUUCAGUUUUAUUAACACCAAACUGAGAAGUUGAAUAAAGAGUUAGAUGAAACUUAAGAUUCGAACGAAAAUGAAUUUUGUAGCAUAUGUACACACAUAUACAUACAUACAUACAUACAUACAUACAUACAUACAUACAUACAUACACACGAGUGAGUGAACAAACAAAAGAAAGUGGAAUUGAACACAUUUGGUAAAUGUCUCUUAUAUUUUUUAGUAAGAGUUUGACUUAGUUCCAUAUGACUUAGAAUUUGGUAAGAACAUUGGGCGAUCCCAUCUCUUCAAACACUGAAAGAAAAGUAGUGAAUCGUAAAGAAGUUCAAUAUGGUUUCCUAGAUAUGGGGCUUUACGAGUCAGUUCAUGUCGUGUCGCAUUGAUGGUAUGGAAGCGACAGCAGAUAUUUUCUUUAUUUGUUCGGCGACUCACAAAACGCUUCCAUCCUACCAUGCAACGUAUCAAACGUAAUGAUUCGACGUCAUUGAAUACAUUACACACACCGACCAUCCGGCAAUGUGCCAACAGCUCCCAGCCAGCAUCCUCUCUCAGCACGUGUGAUUAAGAAUAAGGAAAAGAUCAGGAAUUGAUGCCAUGAUAUCUACACCACGUGACAUGAACUGACCAAUAGAAGCUCAGAAUCUUGAGGUCGUCUCAAAUCCAUCGAUUUUCUUUCGACCUUUGACGAGAUGAAUUCGUCUUACGUGUCCACGAAACUUUAUCUUAUAUGGAACUGCAUGAAACUGUUAUUAGUAUCAUCGUAAGCAACAGAAGCAGUAUUAAUAUCAAAAUGCAAUAUAUAUCCCCACUUAGAAGUGGAUGCUGUGUUAAAAGAACGCAGAACACCGCGUUAUGUACCAAGAGAAAAAUUCUCAUAAGGACAUGUGGUGCAUAAAAGCACGCUUGUUCAUAGUGCUAGCGAGAGAUAAAUUAGACGACAAUAUGAGAGGUUACGUCAUGGUAAAUAACACAGCAUUCUGUGUUCUAGCGCAAUAUAUACAGUUAAGUGGGGAUAAGUAUUAGCUUUUGGUAUUAAUAUAUAUAUAUAUAUAGAUAUAUAUAUAUCAAAUAAUAAGCAACACGGAUUUCAAAAGUGAUUGCAGUACGCACGUUUCAUGCUACUUCAAUUUAUUUAAGUAAUGUGAGCAUUACCUUAAAUGCAAUAUGAAGAGCAAUCUUCAGCUGCACGAAAAAAUGUAGAAAAAAUGUAAUAAAUUGGUAGAUAGGUGUGUGUGUGUGUGUUAGUGUGUACAUGCAUACAUGUAUCCACAUCUACUCAAGCACUAACAGACUAUACGCAUACAUACACACAUACAUACAUACAUACAUACAUACAUACAUACAUACAUACAUACAUACAUGCAUGAAAUGUAGCCUGAAUUAUUAUAACAGUUCGUUUUUUUUUUUAUAACGUCGCAGAAAUAAAAUACAAAUUUUCUUUACUUGAAA